ACGUAACCCACACGCACAGGACGGCGCACAAACAAUGUGAUUUUAUUUUUUUUUUCGAUUUUUCUACCGUUUUUGACUAUACAAUUUUUAGGAUAAGUAUCGUGAUAUAAUAUAGUUCGCGCGACUUUUAUUUCGCUAUAGCUUUAGUGUUUAGAUGUAAAAAUGUCGACAACAUUGAACUACGUACAUAAUUUCUGGUUGAGAUAAUAUUUUAUGUUUGUAGUAAAAAUUAUACCGAUAAUUAAUCAUACCGUUAAAAUGAGAUCUCCGUUUAUUUUUGUGAAACAGUUAUAGUUUAUUUUAAACUGAUUCUAAAUCCCGGGGUUAGUGAAAUGUUUUUUAAAACUUUAAAAAAAAUAAGGAACUUUUUAAAAAUAUUAUGAAAAUUUCAUGUUAAUUUUCAUAAAGUAUUUUAAAACCCUAAAGUAUUAUUUAUAAAUUUUUAAAUAUUAAAGAAGAAGCGAUCUACGAUACUGAACAUGACGACGACUGAAAGAGAUCGCGGCGAGCGUGAUUACAUUGGAUUUGCGACUCUACCGGAGCAAGUUCAUAGAAAAUCAGUCAAAAGAGGAUUCGAUUUCACGCUCAUGGUUGUAGGAGAAUCCGGCCUAGGCAAAUCCACUCUCAUCAAUAGCUUAUUUCUUGGAGACCUGUAUAAAAAUAGAAAAAUUCCUAAUGUUCAAGAUAGGCUAGAGAAAACAACAACAAUAGAAAAGAAAACCAUGGAAAUCGAGGAACGCGGUGUAAAACUGCGUCUGACUAUAGUAGACACUCCGGGGUUCGGUGAUGCGAUCAAUUGUGAAGAUUCUUGGAGGGUGUGUUCAGCUUAUGUGGAUGAGCAAUUCCGACAGUACUUCACCGAUGAGAGUGGUCUGAACCGAAGGCAUAUGCAGGAUAAUAGGGUGCACUGUUGCCUUUAUUUUGUUCCGCCGUGGGCUCAUAGCUUGCGGCAAGUAGAUUUAGAAAUGAUGAAGCGACUGCACCGCAAAGUGAACAUUGUGGUUGUAAUCGCGAAAGCUGACUCGCUCACUGCUGCCGAAGUGAAGCGGCUCAAGGCGCGCAUACUAAGUGACCUGGAUGAACAUCAGAUACAAGUAUACCAGUUCCCCGAAUGCGAUAGCGACGAAGACGAAGAGUUCAAGCAGCAAGAUCGCGACCUAAAGGCGGCCGCGCCGUUCGCGGUGGUGGCCGCGGACACCGUGCUCGAGGUGGGCGGCAAGAGGAUACGCGGCAGACAGUACCCUUGGGGAAUUGUUGAUGUGGAGAAUCCAAGACACUCGGACUUCACGAAGCUACGCACGAUGCUGAUAUCUACCCACAUGCAAGACCUGAAGGACGUCACGCAAGACGUACACUAUGAGAACUUCCGAGCGCAGUGCAUCUCGCAGAUUUCGCAGCACGCUAUGAGAGAGAGAGGGAAACUCAAGCGAGACUCUAUGGGCAAUAACCACGACGUCGUUAUAACUGAUACUGAUCGACUACUGUUGCAAAAAGAUGAAGAGAUAAGACGAAUGCAGGACAUGUUAACGCAGAUGCAAGAAAAGCUAAAGGCGUCCGACAAGAAGCACGACAGCAUCAUAGACGUAUAGACUGCAAUGCGUAGAAUAGACAAAUUACAAUGUUUAUGUAGAAAUAUUAAAAAAACCUCUUUAGAAAAAUUGGAUGAAUUUAGACUUUUGAUAAACUUACCUACGUGUAGUUGUUAACAUACAGUCUCUAUUCAAUCUAUCUUUACAUUCAACAGUGUUUAUCAAGGGCGUAUUCAGGUUAUAAUUGGGGGGUAUGAGAAUGUAAAACGCAAGCAUAAAAUAGCCCUAACAAAAAAAAAAAAAAAAGUUCCAGCAAUGUUUUAUGGGAGUCUUUUAUCGAGCAGAGCAAAACAGAAUAAACUAAAUAAGAAAUAAAUAGAAGUAAAUGAGGCAGGUCGCAAAUUUAAUUAAAAAAAAUCCUUUCACGAACCCCCACACCACCCUUAAAAAUAUUCAACUAAUAAUAAUAUUGUCAGCUACUAUGAAAUAUUAGAUGGCUUGAAUAGAGAUAUUUGGCACUAAAAUAUUGUAGGACUAAUUGGUUAAGUGAGUCUAGAGUAUUUGCAAUUAAUACAAAAAACAGACUGCAAUAAUAACCAUCCAUUAUUCUAUCAAUUUCAUUUUCUGUACUUGACACCUGUGCAAAUACGUUUAAAAUAUUAUAAUGUACCUUACAAUAAAGUUUAAUAACUCUCAUGUAACUUCGAGAGUCAAGACUCAAAACUACAAAACCUUAAACUUAAUAGUCCACAUUUUAUUUAAACAAAUUAAUAGCUUUUCAUUUACUUUUAAAUAUGUAUAUCAUUCGAUUCAACAAAAAUAAUAAAAACAUUAAAUGUUUUGAUUUUCAGUAGGUAAUUGUUUUUAAUGUAAAGCACAAUAAGUCUCAUCGGUAGGUAAUUAUUUUAAAAUAAAAUUUACCAUGUUAUGUACAUAUUUUAACCUAUUUAAUUUUAUUUAAUAAUUUUUUUAAUAUAAAAAUAUGGUCUAAAUCACCAAACAUUUGAAUUUCACAUCUUUUGUGUUUUUUUUAAUGUAUAUAAUUAUGUAUUUACACAAAAUAUUUAAUAUGGUAUUAUAUAUGAGUUAAUUUUUUUUUUGCAUCUAACAAAUGAGUUAAUGUAAUUGCCAGCUUUUACAAAGGUAAUCAGUGGAUCGCCUUAAAUUAAUGGUUUAAAGGAAAUAUAAAUUAGAAGUAGACAAUUAACUAAGUAUUAAUUAUUAUUAAGACUUAUGAUCUUAACAAUAAUUAGUAGCACUAGUCUAUUUAAUGUUAUCAAAU